AUGUCCAACAGCAGCUUCCCCACAGAGUUCCUCCUGUUGGCAUUUGCAGACACACGCCAGCUGCAGCUCCUGCACUUCGGACUCUUCCUGGGCAUCUACCUAGCUGCCCUCCUGGGCAACGGCCUCAUCCUCACCGCCGUAGUCUGCGACCACCACCUCCACACCCCCAUGUACUUCUUCCUCCUCAACCUCGCCCUCAUUGACCUGGGCACUAUUACCACCACUGUUCCCAAAGCCAUGGCCAACUCCCUGUGGGAUACCACAGCCAUUUCCUACACAGGUUGUGCUGCUCAAGUUUUUUUCUUUUUCUUUUUUCUUUCAGCAGAGUUUUAUCUUCUCACCAUCAUGGCCUAUGACCGCUAUGUUGCCAUCUGCAAACCCCUGCACUACAGGACAAUAAUAGACAGCAGAACUUGUGUCAACAUGGCAGCAGCUGUCUGGGGCUGUACUUUUCUCUAUGCUGUGUUGCACACUGCCAAUACAUUUUCCCUCCCCCUCUGCCAAGGCAAUGCCCUGGACCAGUUCUUCUGUGAUAUUCCCCAGAUCCUCAAGCUCUCCUGUUCAGAUGCCUACCUCAGAGAAGUUGGGCUUCUUAUGCUUAGUGUCACUGUAGCAUCGGGGUGUUUUGUUUUCCUUGUGCUGUCCUAUGUGCAGAUCUUCAGGGCUGUGCUGAAGAUACCCUCACAACAGGGACGGCACAAAGCCUUUUCCACAUGCCUCCCUCACCUGGCUGUGGUCUCCCUGUUCAUCAGCAGUGGCACAUUUGCCUACCUGAAACCCCCCUCCAUGUCCUCCUCCUCCCUAAAUCUUUUGCUGGCAGUUCUGUACUCGGUGGUGCCUCCAGCAGUGAACCCCGUCAUCUACAGCAUGAGGAACCAGGAGCUCAAGGAUGCAGUGUGGAAAGUGAUCACUGGAGUGUGUCAGAAGCAAUAA